UUAAUAUUACUUCAAUGCUUGUUAAUGGAUAAUAGUAUUAGUAGUAAAAGUAAAACAUUGAAAAGAAGAGCGUGAUGCAGAUUUUUAGUAAUUUGUUAAGCGUUAAUAAUAAUAUGAAGUGUUAUCGUUAGGCCUAACACUUAACAUAUUUAUUAUUAAUAGUUAAAAUAAUACAAUAUGUGCUUUGUAAGUGUGCCCGAUACAUUAGUAGUUAUGCAAUUUUCAAGUACACAGUAGUAUUGUGUUACGAUGAAGUGGUAGUACCCAAGAGCUAGAUAGUAAGAUACAUAGCCAAAUAACUUUUAACUGACAGUAACAGUGAUAGAGCAAGAGAUAUAAUAAAGGAAAGUACUACUUCAAGUAGCAAUGAUGCAGUUUUUAUUGUGCACGUAGGGACUAAUGAUGUUGAGAAAGGCCUGUUCAACAAGGUUCUUUACAUAAUGAUCGUCAUGAGUUCACCAUUCAGCAGUGAGAAUUAAAACCAGCCUAUCGUUACAACUACAGCUGGUAUUCUCAAGCUUUGGAUACUUUAUUUAAUCAGUUGAAAAAAAAUAUUGAGAAUUAGAGUUAAAAUGUCAGAAUCAACUCAGGUAAGCUCCCUGCCAUUACCUCCUAUGCAGUAUGUUAACUGGUACACAGAUGAGAACAUUGAAAGAGGGGUGGCUCCUUCCCCUCCGAGACCUAUCCAAGAAUCAUAUUCAAUGUUUGGUGUGCAAUUUCAAACUGAUGAUGUCAUAAUCAGACCUUUGGAAACUCAAGGGAUUCGUCGGCUUUAUCCACAGAAUUAUGAUCAUAAAAGAGAACUCAAAAAACUUAAUCAUUCAAUUCUUGUGAAUUUUCUUGAUUUACUUGAUAUACUUAUACGUUGUCCUGACACUUCAAAACGAGAAGAAAAGCGAGAUGACAUAAAAUUACUUUUUAUCCACAUGCACCAUUUGAUUAAUGAAUUUCGACCUCACCAAGCCAGGGAAACUUUGCGUGUAAUGUUAGAAGUACAAAAGCGUCAACGUUUAGAAACUGCAGAACGUUUUCAAAAACACUUGGACAAGGUCCGAGAACUUUUACAGAAUACAUUAUCAAGUCUUCCAGAAACAGCAGAUUUGGUCAGCAAACUGAUGGUGCCUACAGAGUUCCUGGAUACAAGUGACACACAAGGAAAACCUGAUGCAGAGACAGAAGAUUGUCAUAGAUUAGAUAAGUUAAUGUGCAACAUUAUUGAUACACUUUAAAACAAGAAUUCAAGCUGUUCUAGUUGUUACUAAGUUGAAUUUAAUCAACCCAAACAAGUGAUAAUCUUCAAAUAAAAAAUGUUUGGUGAUAGAUCAGUUAAAUAUGAAUGCAAUUAAUUGAAAACAAGAGGAGUUAUAAGCUUCUUGUCAAGCUUAUGAUUCUGUUUAUUAAAUGGUCAAACUUAUGAUUCUGUUUAUUAAGUGGUCAAGCUUAUGAUUCUGUUUAUUAAGUGGUCAAGCUACCUGUAAUAUUAGUAAACAUGUAUAAGAUGUAAACUUGGGCGAUACAUGGGACAACCACUAAUAGAAGACUGGGGUACUGGUAAACUAUGUAGGGGUCUCUAUACAUUAAUAAAUUGAUUAUUAUAGUAUACAGUGUGUAUCUAUAUGUUAUCUCUUGGGUUCUCUGUCAUUACUUUUCUUCCCACCAGUAUUUACUCAUGACUCGUAAAAUUCCUAGUAGUUAAGAAAGAAUUGUUAAUAAUUAAUAUACUAUAAAAUGUAUAGGCAAGUAAACUAAACUUAUUUUAUAUAUUAUUUUUAGUUCCACACAGUAGUAACCUAUAUUACUUGAAAUGUAUGUCAUACCUAAAGAAAUGUCCAUAAAUUCGAAAGCUGGUAAUGAAAUACAAAGCUUAUAAAGAAAAACAAAUCCUAUAGUGCUUACUUAUAUUGAUGAAUAAAACCAUUUCAAGUAACAAUAAUACUGUAAAAAAUUCUGGUGCUGUUAGAAAUUAUACAAAACACUAAGUAGCUGCUUAUAAUGUGUUGAUUUUCGCAUUCCAAAGAGUGCCUGCUUUCAUAUUAUUUGAAACUAAUUAAUUAUUUCUUUCAUUUCACAGGUAAAUACAA